AUGUCUACCAAGCGCCCUACUGUCGAACUGGGCAAUGUCCUUGUGGUCGGGGGCUGUGGAUUCCUGGGCUGGCAUAUUGUCGAUCAAUUGCUCAACUUCCCCUCAGAGUCCGACCCCAGUGUCGCCCUCCCGAAACCGCAAGGAGACCCCCGAUUCGAUUACCCCAAACUAUCCGGUCGGUUUCCUCGGUGUGUCGCGAAAGUGUCAGUGGUGGACCUGCGGACCUCCAACAAUCGGUUGCCUGGAGCGGAGUACUACGAUGGCGACAUCACCUCGGUGGAGGACAUGCUCUCCGUCUUCCGCAAAGCCCGGCCCGAUGUGGUGAUCCAUACCGCGACCCCCAACGUCCUGGAAGGAAACAAGGAACUCUUGCGCAAGGUGAACGUGGACGGAACCAAGACCCUCUUGGAGGUCGCUGGUGGUGCUCGGGGAGACUGGGGCGGAAAGUGCAAGGCUUUCGUGUAUACAAGCUCCAGCUCGGUCGUGCACGACACGCAGAGCGAUCUGAUUAAUGUCAACGAGGAAUGGCCUUACAUCAGGGGCAGACAACAGCUGGAAUAUUAUUCGGAGACCAAGGCGGACGCCGAAGAGCAGGUCUUGAAGUACAACCGCGCCUCUCCCACCUCCAUGGUCACCUGCGCCCUCCGACCGGCCGGUAUCUACGGUGAAAAGGAUACGACUUUCACUUUCAAAAUCCUCGAACACUCCUCGAAGGCCUCCCCAACCGUCCUCCGCAUGCAGCUCGGCGAUAACAACAACCUGUUUGACUUCACGUACGUGGGUAACAUUGCGUACGCCCAUGUCUUGGCUGCCUUCCGCUUGCUUGCUACAAAGGCCCGUUAUGAUGCCGGACAGAGCGGCCCCCUGGACCACGAGCGUGUGGACGGAGAAGCCUUUAACAUCACCAACGAUUCCCCCGUGUAUUUCUGGGAUAUGACUCGCGCCGCCUGGGCGCUGACUGGCAAGGUUGUUGAGCCUCACCAGGUGUGGCAGCUUCCUGAGGGUCUCCUGGGAACCAUUGGUGGAGUCCUGGAGACAGUAAUGGGGAUCUUUGGCAAGACACCCCGAUUGACACAGCGGAUGGUUCGGUACUCGUGCAUGACUCGUUAUUAUUCGUCAGAGAAGGCGAAGUACCGGCUCGGAUACGAUCCCAUUGUUCCAGUGGACGAAGGCCUGGCUCGUGCAGUGGGAUACGUCGUGGAACGCGAACGUCUAGCAUCUGAGAAGAAGGGCCUGUGA